AUGGUCUCUGAGCGCCUCACCGUCGUCAUCAAAUUAGGCACAAGUUCUAUAGUUGAUGAGAAUACUCAUGAGCCUAUCUUAUCUAUUCUGACCCUCAUCGUGGAAACGGCAGCCAAACUCCAUCGCGAUGGCCACAAUGUCGUUCUUGUCUCUUCUGGCGCUGUUGGCGUGGGGUUGCGGAGAAUGGACGUAGAUGAGAGACCGCAAUAUCUUCCUCGUAUACAGGCGUUAGCAGCUGUUGGCCAGUGCCGGCUCAUGAGUCUCUGGGACGGUCUAUUUUCACAUCUCCGUCUUCCUGUUGCGCAAAUACUUUUGACUCGCAAUGACAUUGCCGAUCGCACUCAAUACCUUAACGCGCAAAACACUUUCGCCCAAUUAUUUGACAUGGGCGUAAUCCCAAUUGUCAACGAAAAUGAUACAUUGGCAGUCUCGGAAAUCAAAUUUGGUGACAAUGAUACAUUAUCAGCCAUCACAGCCGCGAUGGUCAAGGCUGAUUACCUCUUUCUGAUGACCGAUGUCGACUGUCUUUAUACAGCAAAUCCACGAACCAAUCCUGACGCACAGCCGAUCGAGGUAGUUUCAGACAUUUCGUCACUGGAAGCGGACGUUUCAUCUGCUGGCUCUGCCCUUGGAACAGGGGGUAUGAGCACGAAAAUCACAGCCGCGAAAUUGGGGACGAGCGCUGGUGUGACAACAAUAAUUACCAAGAGCUCAAAACCCGGGAACAUCCAUGAGAUCGUGAGAUACCUCCAGCAUUCAAGGCAAGCGGCUCUUGCCGAUGCUGCAGAUGUAGAGAUUACCGCAUCGAAACCGCAGACGCCAAUCCCACCUCUGCAUACUCGGUUUCUUCCGUCCGAAACCCCCAUUCAGUCGCGUACAUUCUGGCUGCUCCACGGAUUGAAGCCUCAUGGUACUCUGUAUAUUGAUCAAGGCGCAUACACUGCACUUCAGAAGAAAGCGAGCCUUCUUCCGGCAGGUGUUGUUGACGUAGACGGCCACUUCGGGCAGCAAGAAGCAGUCCGGAUAGUUGUUGUGGAGAGAAUAUCUCCCGAAUCUCUCAAUGGCGAUUUUCUUCAUCCAGGCCAAGAGCCAAAAGAGGUGGGACGUGCCUUGGUAAACUAUGGCAGCCUCGAGAUAGCCCGGAUCAAGGGUCACCGAAGCACCCAUAUCCAGUCAUUACUAGGGUAUGCGGAUAGUGAAUACGUUGCGCUGCGAGAAAACAUCUCUUUUUUCGAUAAUGACGAACAAGUACGACGAUAG